GAUUCUGAAUUCACUCACUUUUCAGGCUUUCACAUGAAAAGGAAAAGUGAGAUUUUCUAUUAAGAUAAUAGUUAAUAUAUUUAAUCAUCAUAAUUAAUAAUCAACAAUUUGGACACUUUUUUUCUGCUCAACAAUUUAAAUCAACAUCACCAACGAUGGAGAUACAAUGUCAACUAUGAAUGCAAAAUUUUUCGUUGUGAAGUGAAUGUUUAUUAACGAAAAUAAUUUUUUCUUCUCGUUUUUUUAUUCUCGAAAUUAAGUUUUCCAAUUCUUAGGAAAUUACCUUUUCCUUGAUUUUUUUGCCUCCAUCUCUCUCAGGUUCUUCUUCGUAAUUAAAUUAAAUUGCGUGCAAGAUUCACGAUUGUGACAAUUAGUGAGAGAAAGAAUCAAGAGAUUGCAACAAAGUGGGGAGGGCAAAGAAAGAGAGAAAGAAAGAAACACAAGACGAAAAGUUCUAACGAAUCUGAAAAAAGUUUCUCUUGAUCGUUACGACGAAAAAAUUCUCACUUUUUCCCCUUCGAAUUUUCAACUUCGUUGUAAAAGAAAACAAAACUCCAACGAAAAGUUAUACAAAUAUAAGUUUGUUUUCUUUCACUUAAUCAUCGUAGCAACAGAAAAGAAAAGUUAAUCAUCUUUAAUUGUGUUAAAUUGAAAUCAAAUUGAAUCAAUCUUGUUAAUCCAAUCAAUCAUCAUCAAUAUGGUUCAACCUUCAAGUGAUAACCAUUGUUGUUAUGCCCGGAGAGAUAUAAGAUUAUCAUCAUCAAAAAAAUCAGCAACACAAUCAAUUAAAUCACCAUUACCAUGUUCCUUGACCCUUAAUUGUAAUAAUAAUAAUCAACACAAGUCUUCACGGAAGUUGAUUAAAAACAAGACGCUGGCGAUGAAUGAUUUAUUAUCAUCAAAUGAUACAAAGUCUUUCAAUGGCAAAUCAUCAUCACCAUCAUCACAAUUAUUAUCAUCAUCAAUUAAAUCACCAUUCACUUCAUUGAAUAAUAUUUAUUAUUGUUAUUAUUUUGUUUAUUACCUAUUAUUUACCUUAAUUGUGACUAUUACAUUGUUACCUUCACAAUUACCAGCAUUUGCAGUAGCCCAACAGGUUGACCCAUCAAUAGCCACCCCAACACCUCCACUUCCUCCUCCAACAUUGACCUCUUCCUCCUCCUCCUCGGUCACCUCACCUCUGACCCCUUCAGUUAAUUUAACCUCCCAAGAGCCGGUAAUUGUUUCACCAGGAGAUGAGGCUUACAUUGAAUGUUUAGUCAACAAUUUAGGUGCUCACACUGUCCUUUGGAAAUCAAUUAAUCCAGUUAAGGAAAGUGACAAUGGUAUCUUAUUGACCGCGGGUAAGGUCAGGGUCACUUCAGAUCAAAGGUUUUCAGUUAUCCAUCGUCCAAAUGGUAAUUUAUGGAUUCUUAAAAUUGAGAAAGUUUAUCCAAGUGAUUCAGGAAUUUACGUUUGCGAAGUUAAUUCUGAACCUCGAGUUAGAAUUGCAAGAUUAUUGAACAUUUCACCGUUCGAUAGUUCGGCAAGUACAGCUUCGUCUUCGGCCAAUGUGACCUCAUCUUCGACAGGAACAGCAACCGCAAGUUUCGCUGAGGUAGAUCACAAUUAUACCGAUUGUUGUAUUGAAGAAGGUGUUCCGUCAAUGUGUCACGGUUUCUGUCAAUUUCGAGGGUUAAUUUCGAGUCGCGAUCCACCUCAGGUCAUCCAUCGGUGUAUCUCCUUCCUUCCGUCAAUAGCCAAGUGUUUAGCCGAUGGACGUAACCAUAUGCCCUGUUGUAAGCGACAAUCAAUUCCGUCCGUUUGUCAGCCCGUUUGUAUUGGUAAUUUUACACUGACCACAGUAACUGACCAUUUCGUUUGUAUGGACUAUGCUGCACCCCUUUUGGCCUGUAUCGCUGAAGGUGUUCAAACACUUCCCCCACAACCUAAAGAAAUAUCAGCUGAACCCGUUUCUCCAACAGAGAUACUGAUUAAAUGGUCAAAAGCACCAACGAAACAACAACAAUCACUCAUCGAUUGGUAUCAAAUCAAUAUAACUCAACUUAAUUCAUUUGAUGAAUUUGGUGUCACCGAAUCGGCAUCGAUAUCGGAUAGUUCAUCUUCCGGUGAUGGUGACUCGUCAUCACCUCCACCACCACCUCUUUAUGGCCUAAGAAUAACAACCAGAAUCAAUGGUACUCUCGAUGAAUUUAAAGCAACCAAUUUAAAACCAUUCACGAUGUAUGAAGUUACCAUGUUAGCGAUAAACAAAUUUGGUACUAGUCUACCUUCAUCAACCGUUCGUACCUUAACCCUCAGUCCACCUAAAAGUAAGGAUAAAGAGCCUAAUUCUGUGAAACCUGUUCGACCAGCACCCGAAUUACCAGAUAUUAAAAAGUGUUGCGUUGAUAAUGGCCUAGUUUUAGAUCGUUGUGUCGAUAUACUUUGUGAUCCCGUUCGAGCCGAUGAGGCAACUAUAACCGAUAUAAUGAUCUGUGCCCCUUGGGCCAACAUUACCUUUAAAUGUAUGGCUUCGGGAAUCGAUCACACUGAUUGUUGUCGAGAACGCGGAGUCUCAUCUACUUGUCUUCCCUUUUGUGAAGGUACAGUUAAACGGCUCGAUUUUAGGCACUUCGUUUGUCUCGAUCAUAUGUCCUCUUAUACCAAUUGUAUUCUCGAUUUCCAUGGCGUUCUCUCAAGUCCACCAAGUGAUUUUACCGUUGCUUCGGUUCACCAUGAUUGGGCUGUUCUUAAAUGGUCACCACCUAAACGUUUAGGUGAGACAAUUUUAAGGUACAAUGUUCACUGGCGGGAAUCAUCGAAAGACGAAGUGACCAAUUAUAAUGUUUCGUUAGCUAAAUCGUCACCUUACCUAUUGGACGGACUUAAACCUGGAUCAAGGUAUGAAGUUUACGUCGCAGCGGAAAAUAAAUAUGGUGCUAGUCGAGGGUCAAGUCGUGUCAUCUUUUUAACUCCACCCGUUGAGGAACCAGAACCCGAAGAGGAAGCACCAAAGGCUUACAAUGAGACCGCUUGUUGUGCCAGAGCGGGAAUGAAAAAUUCAUGUUUACCCCUUUGUAAUUAUCAAAUGAAGGUCUCAGAUGUACUCGCAUUGGCACCAACCUGUACCGAGUCAAUUUCAACCCUUGUUAGAUGCGGUGCUGGUGGACGGAAUCAUAUACCUUGUUGCCGACGACGUGGAGUGGCCAUGGGCUGUUUAAAUCUAUGUGCAGGUUUAGUUGAUGCUCCACCCUUGUUAUUGGCCUCAAGAUGCGCUGAAGAUUUGGGCUCGAUCAUCCAAUGUAUGGAAGAAGGUUCAGAAAUUAUUCCUCCCAUGCCGAUAGAUUUUCACACCGUUUGGGUCAAUAGAUCAUCAGCCCAUGUAGCCUGGGACAUGGUACCCGAACAUAAAAUGGAUCAUCUUAAAUAUCAAGUUCGUUAUGGUAAAACUGACAUGGCUGCUCCUUUACACCCGUUGGAACACAGUUCGUCAAUUAAUGUAACCGGUACCAUGGAAGCGGUAAUAAAUGGACUGGAACCCGAUUCAGUUUACUCGCUUUACGUUGUGGCCAUGAACGAUUUCGGUAUCUCUCUUCCCUCGCUCGUUUUACUUAUCAACACAACCGAUGAAACUCACCCAGGAGCAUCGGGUUUACCCAAAUCGGCCACAGUAGGUCCACCUCAUGAUAUCGAAAUCCUACUUCAAACGGUCGACUCUUUGACCUUUAAAUGGUUACCACCGCUUUACAUUCAACCCGAUCGAACGGUUUCUUAUAUUGUCUAUUAUCGAGCAGUUAAUGGUACCGAAGCUGAACUACUACCAAAAGCGACCGAAAAAUGGAUUCGAGUUGAAACUAAUUACAAUUCAAUGAUAAUCACCAAUUUAACCUACAAUACACAAUACGCGAUUGGAAUACAAUCAAAAACCGAUCGUAAUGAGACCUCAGCUUUAGGUGAAAUCGUUCUCGUUUGGACUGAUCCAGCUAUUCCUGCCUCUGUUAAUCUCCCGUUGAUCAUUCCCGCUGGACCAAUAGUCGAAGGUACCAAUAUAACAAUCCUUUGUGUCGCAAUGGGGACACCAAUGCCGAUCCUUUCACUUUACGUUAAUGGACAAUUAAAACGCCGAGAGGAGAGGCGACACAUCUCAUACCAAUUAGCAAACGUUGAUCGCAAUCUAUCAUCGAUCGGCUGUUAUGCCACCAAUGGAUUCGGUAAAGACGCUCAAUCGGCUCAAUCAACAAUGCAAGUUCUUGUCAAAUUUAAACCCAAAGCAAUGGCAACGCCGCCAACAUCCUCGGCUUACCAAUCGGGUGCCGCUAAACUACAAUGCGAGGUGAUGGGUAACCCACAGCCGAGAGUUUAUUGGUACAGGGAGUCAAAGAAUCACGUUCAGAUCAUUCAGGAUUCCAAUACGGUGUUCAUCCAGACACCACACAUCAUGCAACCAUUUACCUGGAUUUCAACCUUGUUGAUUAAACGUUCAUCUAAAGCUCAUGCUGGUAACUAUUUAUGUUCAGCUGAAAAUGAUUAUGGUCAAAGUCAGGCAACAAUUUCAUUAACAAUUAAUGAGAAUAAACCAAAUGCAACCAGUGCGUUAGCCUGUUGCAAGGAACAAGGAGUUUCCAAAGAGUGUCUUUCAGCCUGUACCUUUGAUGUCGAUAUUGAAUCAGCCAAGAAAAUACCUCAAUGUAUCUUUGAUUUAGAUAAAUUAAUGUCUUGUGCAGCAGAUGGAUCUGAUCAUCGACAAUGUUGUAAACGUAAAAAUGUCCCAAUGGCCUGUCUCCGUUGGUGCGCUGGUCUCCGUGUUCCAGCUCCAUGGCCUUGUCUAAUAUCAUCAUCAACAGAUAUUGUCUCUUGCUUUGAAGAGGGUAAAGUCCUUUUACCUGGUCCACCUCGAGAUGUUCGAGUACAAAAAACUUUGGACACAAAUAAAGUUCUCGUCAAAUGGGAUCUACCAGAAAAGAAUCCGGAAUUGGUACAAUAUUAUCGAGUCAUUUGGAGACCAAUAGGUUCACGUGAUCUUAAUCGUAAUCAAACAAAUCAACCAUUCUUUGAAUUGGAAGGAUUAGAUUCUGAAAAGAUGUAUGAAUUUGUCGUUAAAGCGGGUAAUCAUCAUGGUCUAUCGGUUUUCACUGAUCCAGUGGUCAUCUCAAUGAGAGAAUCAGCUGAAGCAUCAAUUGGUAAUCGAUUGUUGAAAAUUUUCUUCUCUUUCGCUUUGUUUGCCGUAUUCAUGGUUCUUCUGGUUGGUGGUAUUCUUUAUGGUUACAAGAAUCAUUAUCUAAAACGUAAACCCGCCGGUAGUGGAGUUUCCUUUGAGAAUCCAUCCUACAUGAAAGAUGGUGGAACUGUUCAAAUCCAUGAUAAUAGUAUCAACUCCAAUGGAAAUGGAAACUUGGUUGAUUCUAAUCGAAACAAAAGUCAAAUCGAGACCUCAAGUUAAAUCGACCAACAAGAUUUGUAAUAAUAAAACCAGAGAAACAUCAAUUUGAUUCCUUCACUUUGGAAACCAUCCUCAAUAUGGAUCACCCUUUAAAUAUCUUUUCUUUCCUUCUCAUCCUCUCGAAUCCUCAUUAUAUCAUUUUCCAAAGGUGAAAUUUGUUACAAUUUAACAUUCGAUUGAUAAAAGAAGAAAAAUACAUCCAGAUUAAAGAGGAAAGAGAAAAACAAAAUCACAAUGAUAAAGAAAAAGGAAAACAACGUUAAUUAGGAAAAGGAUUUGUUACAUUGGAUCGAUUAAUUGUACUGGACAAUUAAGUAAUUCUGAAUGAGAAAGAAACAAUUGCAUGAAAUUAAAGAGAGUAUCAGAAUUACAGAAGACACAAUUUACCUACAAAUUUGAAAUGAAAUAUUUUCCAAUUAAGGAAAAUAGUAAAGGUUUUGAUGUUUACAAUUAAAACCUUUCAAUUUGUAGGUAAAUUUAUAUAUAUAAAUAUUUACAAUAAGAUACUAUAAGUAAGCAUAAUAAUAUUGAGAUGAAAAAAAAUUACACAAAAAUGAGACGAUAAUCAAUAAUUAAUAACACUUUUGCGACUGUGAUUGACUGUUUACAGUUUUCCUAACAUGUUGAUUGUAAAUAAAAAAUUUAUUUCCACCAAAA